CCCCCGACCCCUUCCUUGAUCCUUCCUCCGCCGCCCUCGAAAUAUAUCAAUCACACUUCCCGGCGGAGCUCCGUCGGCGGCGAUUCGGACCGCCGCCCGCCCGAGUCCUGAGUCCCAAUAGCUUCACAGCUUGCCGCGAUCCACAGGUCACGAGUCAUGAGCGAGGAGGGCGGCGAACCGACGCGCCGCCGCCGCCGCAGCAGAUCGCCGCCAGCGGCGGCGGACUCCCUGCCGGACGACGACGACCUCCUCCGUGAGAUCCUCCUCCGCCUCCCGCCGCAGCCGUCCUCCCUCCCGCGCGCCUCCGCCGUCUGCAAGCGGUGGCAACGGCUCGCCACCGACCCCAAGUUCCUCCGGUGCUUCAUCGCCCACCACCGGAAGCCGCCCCUCCUCGGCUACUUCAAGUACGUCGUCACGGGGCUCGUGUUCACCCCCGUCCUGGACCCUCCCGACCGCAUCCCUCCCGCGCGCCUCCACUGCAUCAUUCCUGAUACUGAUGGCGCCCCACGCGACAAGCAGUUUCUCGGGUGCCGCCACGGUCGCGUCCUCGUCAUGGACAGGGUGCGGAAAGAGGUACUUAUCUGUGACCCCAUCACCGGCGGUAAGCACUGCGUGACUGCUCCGCCGGAGUUCACGAGGAACUCUGUCUACGGAGAGGUGGUCUGCGCUGCCGCGGACCGGGGCCACGUGCACGGCAGCUGCCACUCCAGCCCCUUUAAGGUGGUCUUGAUGUCCCUGACAGAAGACCAUAAUUGGUCUAUUGCGCGGGUUUACUCCUCGGAGACUGGCAUAUGGGGCAAUCUCAUCACAACAGCGGUUCCAAGUGAUAUUUAUGGUGCUAGCAUUACUGGUACCCUUGUUGGCAAUGCCCUUUAUUGGUUGCUUCUUAUGACAGAUGAUAUACUUGAAUUUGAUUUGGGUGGACAGGAAAUAUCUGUGCUGAGGAUACUUGAAUUUGAUUUGGAUCUACAGAGCCUAGCUGUGAUCAUGGGGCCUCCCAGUACAUAUGAUUUCCUCAGUUACACCCGCCAGAUCAUCCGGGCUGAGGAUGGCGCUCUUGGCUUGGUCAUAUUUUCUUACCCUAGCAUCCAAGUGUGGCACAGGGAGGUUGAUUGCCAUGGUGUUGCCACAUGGUUGCUAUACAAGACCAUUCGCAAGCAUAAAAUACUUGGGCUUCCUCAGAUUGAGAGAGGGAGGACAGCGAUGCAAUGUAUGCUGGGAUAUUCUGAGGAUACUAAUGCAAUUUUUAUAAUUAUUGACUUCACUGUCUACAUGGUUCAACUUAAGUCAAUGCAAUCCAAGAGACUUCAUGAAAUCGAUUUCCGUGAUAUUGCUAACUACUAUCCUUUCACUAGUUUUUAUACACCAGGCAUAGCCAAUGCUGGUGGAUGUGAUGGACCUGAAAUGGUGCAUGAUACAUAGGACGGCCGUCUUGUUUGAUGUACUAAUAUGCUGAAAUGGUUCGAUUGGUGCAGGAAAGGCUGGUGGAGUUCUCUUCGAGUUUAUAUGGUUGGCACUGUUUAUAUGUUAUCUGAAAAAAGAAAGACUUGACAAGUGUUGGAACUCCUGUUUUCAUUGCAAGCAACGGCAUUCAUGAAGCUGAGUCUUCACUGAUUAAUCUUAAGAUUGUACUGUAGCACUGUUUAUGUUUUCACAAAAAAGAAGUGUUUAUGUUAUUAUUAUCUGAAACUUAGCAAGUGUGUACCUUAGUGUAGCUAAGUUUCCUAUGUAUCAAGAUGAACUUGACUACCUAAACCAGGGAUUUCCAACUUCCCCUAGUAAUAUAUUUCAAGUUGAUUUUCAUGUA